GAUCGCGGUAUAAAUUGUGACAACUCUUUGAUUACUUGCACCUAUUGGAAAGGAACUGGAUUUUGGACAUCAUCAAGUUAUCUUCCACUUUUGACUCUGUCAAAAAUGAAGAAACUUUUCUUAAUCCUCGGCCUUUUGGUUGCAACAGGAGCUGCGUUUGACAUGGACUCGGUUUUGGAUCGUGCUGAAAAUGAGUUGAGCCUGGAAUUAAAUCGAAAGCUGCCAUUGGGAUCCAAAGAUUCAGUAUUUGCAAGGAAGAAGUCAACGCCCGAGUCCAAGGUCAUGCAUGCAUAUAACUCUUUGAUUCGGAGAAGUCUAUCCAUCCUCAAAGACGAGGGUGUAAAAGACCUGGAUCUGAUCUGCCUCAUCAGACGAGCGAUUUCAAAACGCCGACACCGCGGUCGCGCACCGGGCUUCAUGAAUCAAAACCUCCGGCCCAUCGCGUUGGUGGAUGAUAUUUGCAAUGGGGUUAACCCCAAUUGCUCUUCACACGCCAACUCACCCUACCGAACUCUGGAUGGAACGUGCAACAAUUUGAACAAUCCCUACUGGGGGGCAAUCAGUUCAGCCAUGAGAAGAUGGAGAGAACCCGCAUAUCAAAACGGCCGUGACACUCCCCGGGGAAGCAACCCCUCAAGAGCACGUGGACGAAAGAGGCGAUCACGCCGAGGUAGACGUCAAGGCCCACGUGGCAAAAGAGGUCCACGGAGUAGAAACUGCUCCCAAAACCCCGCUGGCACUCUGCCAAACGCGAGAUUGGUGAGCAACAAGUUUCAUCCGGACUGUGAUGUUCCUGAUAAGGUGGCCACUCAUAUGGUGGCCAUUAUGGGCCAAUUCCUGGACCACGACAUCACUCUGACCCCUGAAGAUGAAGCGCAAGACUGUUGCACUGGGUCCGCUGAGGAGACUUGCCUCCCCAUUUCAGUUGGACCCAAGGAUUCCUUUUUCAGCAACCACAAAGUCAAAUGUUUAGAGUUCACCCGGUCCGUGGAGUUCUGUGAAGAGAGCGAAGGCCAUCGGGAGCAACUGAACGCAAUCACAGCUUUUGUGGAUGCCUCCAAUGUGUAUGGGUCCUCUCAAGAAGUUUCCGAAUCCCUUCGAGAGAAGUCCGGAGGACUCUUGAAAACUUCUUCCUCAAGCAGUUAUACCAUGCUACCCUCGAUCAAUGGCUCAUAUCAAGCUGGAGAUGUGCGGGCCUUGGAAAACCCUGCCUUAUGCUCUAUGCAUACUCUCUUCCUUCGAGAGCACAAUCGUAUUGCCAAAGCCCUAGCAAGCAAAAAUCCGUCCUUAAGUGAUGAAGUUCUCUACCAACAAGCUCGACGCAUUGUCUCGGCAGAGAUGCAGAAUGUGGUUUAUGGCGAGUUUCUAACUGUUAUCCUGGGACAAAAUGCUAUGAAUGAAAACGGUCUUACCCUUGGAUCCGGACCUUCCACCUACAAUCCCAAAGUGGAUCCCUCUAUAAGGAACGUAUUUGCCACGGCUGCUUUCAGAUUUGGCCACUCUAUGAUCGAGGGUGUGGUCAAUAUGGUCCAUGAAUCCACCAGGGCCGUAAAAGCAUCCUACAAGUUGAAGCACAACUUCUUCAACACCUCCAACUAUUUGUCCCACAAUGGUGCCGGCAUGGAAAUGAUCAUUGGUGGAUUGAUAAGUCAGCCAGCUCAAAGUGCCGAUCGUUUCAUCAUCCCUGAUUUGACGAACCAUUUGUUCCAAGGGAAUGGCUCGACUUUUGGAACGGAUUUGAUUGCUCGCAAUAUUCAACGAGGCCGGGAACAUGGUUUAGCCAGUUACAAUGCCUACCGGGAAUUCUGCGGCCAUCAAGCUGCGUGCUCUUGGUCUAAAAAACCUUCAGAUGUUGCCAGUUCCACCUGGAAGAUCUUAAAAACCCUUUACAACCAUCCCAAUGAUAUUGAUGUGUUUGUGGGUGGCUUGGCAGAGACGCCGCAAAAGGGAGACCUUACAGGCUCCACUUUCCAAUGUCUCAUGGCCAAGCAAUUCCAAAUGUUGAAAGAGGGCGAUCGUUAUUUCUUCACUCAUUCGGAACAAGCUGGAUCGUUUACUCCGGAUCAGAGAUCAAACUUAUUGACUCGAACUCUACGUGAUAUCAUUUGCGACAACACCCGAAUACCGGAAGUUCGAUCGAAUGUUUUUGAUGCCACCACCCCAUUCCAAAGCUGCACCUGCAGCAAUUCAUUGAAUAUUAAGCUAUUUUAAGUGAGCUUAUCAUCAUCACCCAUUGAUAUUUUUAUGAGUAACAUUAUUGCAAUGACGUAAUGAAUUAGGUAUUAAAUAGUGUUUGAAUUAUAUCAAAAAUAGUUUUGCAUCAA